AUGUCAACCAGAAAACGAAAAGACGUCCUACCGCCCUACGACCGCUACAUCUACAGCAACAAAAUUGAACACAAAAAGUCCCUCGAUGAUGAUUACUACGAAGCCGGAUGUUGCGGUUUCACAGGAUUCAUAAAACGAAAGCUCCUCGAAUUCGCUGACAAGACUACGGCUCACGGAGCCAAACGAAUAUUGAUUGCUCGAAACAAAUUCGCCGCUUUUCUAUGGGGCUUGAUUAUUGCGGUUUUCCUUCUUAUGUUUUUGUACCAAGCAGCCAAGCUGAUUGUCAAGUACAACGCUCACGAAAAAAUCACGGACAUCUCGGUUUUUAUAAUUAUUAAUAUUUGAGACGGAAUAAUGAAAUUUCAGCUCAAAUUCGACCAUGUCGAGUUCCCAGCCAUCACUUUCUGUAAUCUAAACCCUUACAAGAAAAGUUUGGUGAUGAUGGUCCCAUCUAUUCGGGAUACGGUGAGAAACAAGAGACUUUUUUGAGUUAUUUGUUGAUUUAUUCCAGAUGGAUGUGUACGAUAAUGCCAAAACUCAUAGUAAAUCAGAAGAAGAGAAGAAAAAGCCGAAAAAGACGAGAAAGCAACAUUCCGACUUUGGUCAAAAAAUGGUAACUUUCAAUAUUUCCUACAAUCGCCAGAUUUUCAGGAUUAUAGUGAGAAAUGAAAAUUUUCUAGGUCAUGCAACUUUUCGCGAAAGAAAUUGAAGAAGGCAUGGAGGAGCUCAGAAAAAACAGGCAGUACAGCCUGACAUCGUCAGACAGAAAUAAAAGAGCUGUAAAAUUAUUCUUUCCAUUUUUUUUUUUGAAUAUAGUUUUUAGGCCCCCUUUCGGCGUUAUGAAGCAAUCGAGGCGCAUUGCAAAUGCGUCGGAAGCCUCGAUAUGGAGUGUAUUCGAUUCGAAUCUCCACCCAGGGAUGCGGUAGGGAUUUUUCUAUUUGACUGAAUUCAAUCUUGAAUUUUCAGACAUCGAAAUGUGUUUGUACUUAUGAUAGGGAGAUGGCAGUCGCCUGGCCCUGCUUCAAUCAAAGGUUCAUUUUUUCUGAGGCUCUAUUUUUUGGUACGAAAUAUUCCCAAAAUACCGUGUCUUGAACUUGAAAAAGUCAUUUUGCGUUUUCUCAGUUCUAAACAGAUGGAAUUUUAACCACUAAUGAUGUGACUAAUUUCUUAAAAUCUUGUCUUCUAACUUCAAUUUCACUUUUUCCAGCAUCUGGUACAAUCAUGAAUGCCCAUUCUGUCAUGACGACGGCUAUUGCGAGGCGACUUUGGCCCCAGAACAACCUUUGAACAGCACUUGGCCUUGUAUGUGCCGUAGUCGAACCGAAGGUUCUGAUGUCGAUGACGUAAGUUGUCUCUUCAAAAAGAGUGAAAUCCAUUUUUCUUAACCUUGGCAUUUCCCUUUUUAACUAUGCAUGGCUAAUCUUUGCUCUUUGCUUUCAGCCGCUUGAACUGAAAUAUGGAUUUGAGAAGGUUUGAUGGGUCAAUAGAAAUGUCUGAAGUAGAGCUUUCCGUUUAUUUUUUUUGUUUUUAAGCAUGUUAGUUCUGCAGUUUUCAUUUUUCUCAGUUCUUAUUAUUUUUCAAUGUUUUUCUCUUAUUUCACUUUUUUGUUUCAGACACCUUACUGCAUUGGAAAAGCUGGAGCCGGACCAGUCGCCAUUCGGAAACUGUGGAUCGAGUCGAACAUGAGCACCAGCACAACGACGGAAGAACCUACGACUACUACUACCACCACGAGUAGAAGAAAAAUUCUGAUUUCUGAUUGAAAAUGAUUCUCUUUCUAGCAACAACAACAACAACGACGACGACAACGCCUCCAACAACGACAACAGGUAAAUCUAUUCCUAAAAUUCUAAAAAUGAAAAUGAAAAAAGUAUUUUGCACUGCCUGUUUUGCUUCUGGAUCCCACUGCUUCUAGUGAUAGAAAAGCUUGGCUUAUGCUUUGAACAAAAAAUGUUUUUCACGAUUGAAACUUUGAGACGAAAAUGAUCGGAAGGUUGCAAUCGUGAAAAAUAGAGCAUUUCUCCGUGUGUGCUUCGUGAAAUUAGUUAUAGUUUUUCAUUAGUUCCAUCGACUACAACGAGCACCAGCACUACCACAACUACAACUCCAGCUCCAACGACGACUCCUAGCACAACCCCAAUGCCUACGACGCCAUCUACAAGCACGACUACCACAACUGAAGCUCCCACAACGACUUCUACGAGCACCAGCACCACAACUGAAGCUCCCACAACGACUUCUACAACAAGUACUUCUACAACCCCAGCUCCCACAACGACAUCCACCACUACCCCCAUGCCAACGACGACUUCUACCAGCACGACCUCUACAACUCCAGCUCCUACGACUACUUCUACAAGCACCAGUACCACAACAGAAGCUCCCACGAUGUCUUCUACCACUUCUACUCCAGCACCUCUCACGACUACAGAAAAACCAUUCUUCGUUGUUGAAAAGAACACCAGUGGUGUCCGGUUUUCAAUCAGUUAGUUGCUUGGUUUCAUUUGCUUUUAGAAAUGAGGUUUUGGCGCCGAAAGCUUUUGCGAAGCUCAAAUUUUAACCCCUGUAAAUUUUUUUGAAGAAAUAAUGGGAAAAAGUCAAAGAAAGGUACUGCUUUUGAGCUUUAUCGCGCCAGAAUGUCAUUUUUGUUGGGUUCUACUAGUUCUAGGAGUGCUUGUCUGGAUCUUCUAUACUGUUCUUUAGGCCAUUCCAAAUGCGGUCAUUUUUAACGAAAGUAGAAAUCUUUCUCAAUAUUGAAUGGGUACAUAAAAUUGACCGGUUCUAAACUUGAAACAGAAAUUUCACCUAAAUGUUGACUAACUUCCUAACUUCAUACUUUUGAAGGAAAUUUUUCAGACCUGCCACCUCCACCAAAAAGCAACCAAAGGGCAAUCGUUACAAAUCCAGAGACAAUCAAAGCUAUGGGUUUCUCGGUCAGAUUUCGCCCGAUUUCCAGAAUAAAUGUUCCAUUUAUUUUAGGGAAUGACCGACGGAGUGGCUAUGCUCACAAAGGCAAAGGAAAACUUGAUGUUUACCAUGGCGGCCUUGUCAGUUCAACAAAGGAUCGCCUUGAGUCAAAGCAAGCAUGAAUUCAUUGAAAUGUGUUCUUUCAAUGGAAAGGAGUGUGAUAUUGAUGAGUUCGUUGGUUUUCAUCAGGUUUAGUACGAAAUAAUGAUUUUCAGAGACUUUCGACUACAUGUUGAUCCAGAAUUCGGUAACUGCUUCACUUUCAACUAUGAUGUGAAUAAUAAUUACACUAGCAGUCGAGCUGGUCCCAUGUAUGGUGAGUUUAUUGAAUUGUCGAUAAGAAGCAUCUGAUUCGCUUGAUGUUUGAAAAAAUGCGCUGUUUCACAAUAGCUUGUUGAGAGGAAUGGAGACAUAAAGAAUAGGUAGAAAAAUUGGAAUUUGCAUGGAAAUUCAGAUUUUUUCACAAAUAAAAAUGAAUAGAAUGACGAAAAACCUCGAUUUCAAUCCAAUAUUGCAAGAAGCUUUUUUCAAAGAUCGAUAAAAAACUUCUAAAAUAUUUCCUCACGCCCGAAAAUGGAUGUUGAGCUCGUCUUUUUCCUUUCCAACAGUUUUUUUAUUUUCUAGGAAUCCGUGUUCUCCUCUUCGUGAACACUUCGGACUACAUGUCAACCUCCGAAUCUUCUGGGGUUCGGCUCGCGAUUCACCCACCUACGGAAUAUCCUUUUCCUGACACCUUUGGAUAUUCAGCUCCAGUUGGCUUCGCAAGCAGUUUUGGUAUCAAAAAGGUUUUUUAUGAUUUUAGAAUGUUUCAUUACUUUCUGAUUUACAGAAAAAUUAUGCAAAGAUUGCCGGCGCCUUACGGGGAAUGUGUAGAAUCGAAAGAGAUCAAUAACAAGGACUACAUUUACACUGGUUACGACUAUCAUCCGGAGGUUUGGAAAUUAUCAAUAGUUUUUGAAGCUUUUUAUAUGAUCAUUAAGUUCAGGAUCGAGUUUCAUGAAAUUUUUUUUGAUCAAAAAGUUUUUAACAACCUAAAGUUACUCUAGGAAGUCUCUUUGCCUCUUAUUGAUCGAAGUUUUUUAGACUUAAGUAAAAAGUUAAGAGCGCACUACACAUAUAAGAUCAAAGCUUAUUCGUGUACCUCGGGUCAAAGAACGAUGACCUAUCUAGAAGAAAAGAAAAUGAAAAAAGGAUUUUUCUGGUACGCCUACACAGAAGCUCGUUGUAUGAAAAGCCACCGCUUGGGGGAAAAAAAGGCUAGGAAGAUAGAACAAUCGUUGUCUACGCGUGGUAGACAUUCCUGGUACUCCUACACAGAAGUUCGUUGUAUGAAAAGACAGAACUCUCCGAAAAAGAAGGCUAGAAAAAAGAACAGGCGGUCUGCGUGUGGUAGACAUUCCUGGUAGAUCCUUGCUCUUGGUACUCUUACACAAGAGCUCGUUGUAUGAAAAGUCAUCGUUUAAUGAAAAAAGGCUGGAAAAAAGAACAUGCGAUGUCUGCGCGUGGUAGACAUCCCAGGUAGAUCCUGGUUCCUGGUACUCCUACACAGAAGCUCGUUGUAUGAAAAGACAGAACUCUCCGAGAAAAAAGGCCAGAAAAAAGAACAGUCGCGUGAUUUAAAGCCGCGGUAUAUGCAACACCGCGAACAACUGUCCGAAAAAAAGCUGGACCCCAUUAUUUGAAAAAUGGCUGGCCUCUUGGAGAAUGCAAAAAGUUGUUUGCGACGUCUGGAAAUGAAAAAGAUUCGGAGGUCCAAGUUGAAUGGGGGGCCAGAAAUAUUUUCGAAAUAAACUUGGAAUGAAUUUUAAUGAGAGGAUUUCAAACGAAUUUCCUGAAAAGACCAAAAACUUGUAAUUUUCCUUUUUUCAGAGGCUCCAUGAAAAUUUUUCUAUUCAGGGCUGUCAUCGAAGUUGCUUCCAAAGCGGCCUCAUCGAAGAUUGCUCCUGUGGAGAUCCCCGUUUCCCUGUCCCAGAAGGCAAGAAACAUUGUUCUGCCUUCAAUGCGACAGCUCGUCAGUUUCCAAUGCAUUUUUAUAUUCAACGUACUUUUCCUCAAGGAAGUUGCCUGGAAAAGAACAUCGGAUCCGUUGGCGACUUCCAUCAUAUCACUGAGAAGAUGCAUAAUUGUGUCUGCAAGCAGUCUUGCACUGAAAUCAUCCAUGAAGUGACCUUUUCCGCCAGCAAAUGGCCUUCUGGAGCUACUGACGUGAGUACUUUCUUUUUUCUGCAGAAACCGGUAUUAAAUUCCCGAUUUUUGGCUACAAGACCUCUAAACAAAAACGUUAAAAAGUUUAUUGAACACUUUUCCUUUUUCCGUUUUGAAGUGACUUGAAUAAGAAUUUUGACGUCACCAAGACUAUUAGACACCAAAAAAACGAAAUUCGAGGGACAAAAUUUUUUGCUGGGGUGCUUUAGAAUGAAUUUCCAUUAAGUAGGAACAGAUAUCCAAAAGUUUCCUUUGUGGGAAAGUCACACACUUUUUAUCAAAUCUGGCCCAUGAUAGUAAUAAAAAAGGUUUACAAAUUAUUUAUUUUUUCUCUUAAAAUGAACUUUUUUCAAAUAUAGAUAGGGACCGCAGACGAAUUUUCAAAAAAAUUUUUUCAGCAUUGAGCUUUGUAUGGUUCGAUAGCUGUUUCGAUUCAAAACUCAGAACCGUUUAGUUUUUCAAAAAAGAUUGAGGAUGAAAAAAAGUUAUGACGGAAAAGGUGGCGCGCCGCGCACCAUGUUUUUUUAGUACUGAAAAUUUGGUAUUUCCAUUUUUUUGACAUUUUUUUCUCGAUUUUUUUCUUCUAGAACAAGUUUUGAUACUGGUCUAUUAUGAUGUAACAAAUCAUAAUAGAGUGCUGAAAUGAUGCUAAUCAGCUAGUUUGCCGAAAAAAGUCGGUAUUUUCCAGAAAAACAAAAAAACUGGCGCUUUCGGGCAUCGAACUCGCGACCUCAAAAUGUAAAAAUCGGAGCGCACGCGUUGCGCCAAGCUGUUAGGUCCAACGCGGGGAGCUUCCAUCCCCCAUACCCUUGAGCCGUUUGAAUAGCACAGAUUGCCUAUUUCAAAAAAAUAAAAAAACUUGAAGUAAUUUAGCUAUUUUUUUAUCAGAAUAUGUUCGCAAAUCUUUACUCAAACGUUUCGUGGAAACUCACUUCGAAAAAAACUGUUUUUUUAGUGCUUUUUGCCUCGUUUAACGAUCGCUGCAUUAAAACGGCCCCGUAAAUUUUUUUGGCAAAGACGAAUUUUUUUAUUUUAUUCUUUUUAAUUGAAAGAUUUUUUUACUAAUAAAUGUAUAUAAUCGUUUGAAAAAAACCUGCGUUCGACCGCUUUCUGUGUGAUAAACGCCGCUAAUUUUUUUCUCUAGUUUCAAGAGCAUUUUUUUGCGUAUUAAACAACUUUUUUUCAAGCACAGGUGCUGUGGAGAAAAAUUUAAGUAAGACCAUGGUCUAAAUUUUGAAAAAACAAAAACUCGAUUAUAUUCGCUUAUUAACGAUAUUUUGAAUUAUGACUUUCGGCGCUCCCUAAAAUUUUUGGCAAAGACGAAUUUUUUAUUUUAUUGUUUUAAAAUUACCGUUACUUGAAUCAAAAUCAUUAUUUAAAAAAAGAAAGAGUGCGUUCGACCUAAAAACACAUGAAAAAGCAAAAAACGACAAAAUUUUUUAGUUCCAUUCACGUUUUUGUACGACAUUCCGCGAGAACGCAUCAAAAAAGCGUGAAAUAUUUUUUAAACGAAAGAGGAAGCUUUUCUGUACAUGUGUGUCAAAUUUUAUUCGCCAGUUCCACAUAUUUUACAACUACAACAAAAUGAAAGUUGAAAACCAAAAAAAAGCCACUUUUUCUAUCGCGAAAAGGGGCGUGGCUUUGCGGUCCCUAAAUAUAGAUAUUCAAAUAAUUAUUGAUUCCAAAUCUCACAAUUUUCAGCCCGACCGCGUAAGUGAACUCUUCCGAUUGGUUCUAGUGAAUUCCGUAUCCAUCCUUAGAAAAUUUUGGUUUCUUGUGAUCGAAAAUCCCACCCUAAACACACUGAAACUUCUCCAAGACUAAUCAAUUUUAUCGAGCACAGAAAAAUUGCAUGGCACACUCAAGUUCUGAGUUUCAUCGUAAUAACUUCUUUAUUAUGUUUUUCUUCGUUUGCAUUUGAGUAGCAGUUUUGAAAUGAGGUUUUUCAGCUCGGGGAUUGUGAAGGAAUGACGGAAAAGGAGUGCGAACAAUACUAUCGACUGAAUGCGGCGAUGGUUGAGGUUGGUUUUGAACAGUUUUUGGGAGAGGAAAGGGAAGUUCAGGUAUUCUAUGAACAACUCAAUUACGAGCUUCUCCAAGAGUCAGAAGCCUACGGCCUUGUCAAUCUUAUUGCCGAUUUCGGCGGUCAUCUGGGACUUUGGCUAGGUUUUUAUUUUUUCUGAUCUCAGGAUUUAAUUUUUCAAACUUUACCUUGUAAUGCGAAAAAAUUAUUUCUCUAAUGAUAGCAGUAAAAAAAAUUCUCACUGUUCACCCCUCUUCAAAAUUCGAACAUGAUUCCGAAAAUCAGAGGCUAUUGACUCUCCAGUCAUAUUAUAAUAUAAUUUCGAACUUUCAGGAUUCUCCGUCAUAACCGUGAUAGAAGUCGCCGUUCUUAUUGCCAAUAUUUUCUCCAUAUUUUUCAAAAAAGCAGAAUCUGAAAAAUUAGCCCGUCAGGCUUCGAUGCAAACGUCUCACGACGAGAAAAUAAUCAACACGAAGAAAAACGAGGCGUUCGUUCAGAUAUGA